AUGAAGGAUGAGACAAAAGGGGAUCCAAUAGGCAAAUCAGUAUGCUUAAAGCCAAAAAUGUAUUCAGUUCUUCCAGCAGGUUAUGAUUCUAAAACUCCUGAAACAGAUGCAGAUUUCAAAAAAGAGUUAGAAGAGAAAGAAUAUAGAAAGUCACAGGGUGAAAAGAAAUGGGAGAAAAAGCAUAGCAUCCAGAAGUCAAAGGGUGAUAUAGAACUUGCGCAAGUCAAAGUCAUAAAAACUGCAUUGCGAAAGGGCAAAAAAUAUGAUAAUCUUGCAAAAAACUAUGGAGACUAUCUAAAGAAAUUGCGAGCUGAAAAGAAUCUGAAUGACUAUAUUAAGACAGUCGCAGUCAAGAUGUUUCCUAACGAAGAGGCAUACACUUGA